CAAGUCAGCAGACGUCACCCCGAUUACGAUGUCGAUGUGAACUGAAUACAAAGUCGGACCCCACCACCUUCUCGAAGUCACUUCUAUUCUCUUGGCUUACAACGUCGAGAAAGAGAAUCGUCUCAUAUCCACGUCAACAACCGGAACUCAAAUGAAUUCGAAGUUGACCUCUAGUCGCUAGAGCUUUCGCUUUGGACGCGGGAUUGGCUACGGAUAUGCUCGUAUGGACUUUUUCGUGUUGUUGCCUUGUAUCGAAAGAGCCAGUCGUAUCCCAAUAACGUCUUUGAGUCACUUCGCACAUUCUCUAGUGGUGUGGUCUGUUAUCGGCACUCUCCGUUGACUACCAUGGCAUUUUCAUUAUGAGAAUGGCAUAUAUCAAUCUCAAUCUGCCAUACCCACUACAUACCACAGUCAUGAUGAGAAUAGCUAUCGUGGGCGGUGGAGGCUUCGCAGCUAUCCUAGCCCAUCAAAUCACACAAACAGCGAACCCUGUGAUCAUUCUGUCAAGAGAAUCAAACCCAGAGCUGGAAGAACGCUACGACUGCCAAGUUGCCGUAGUAGACUACGACGAUGCCGAAAGCCUUCGCUUCGCCCUCCAGGGUAUCGAUCUCGUCAUCUCGACGAUACGCGGACAGGAACAAAUCAACGCCAUCCACGCAGCCCGCCACGCCCGCGUCCGUGUCUUCGUUCCCGCAGAGUUCGAAGGCUCAAUAUCUCACCGACCAUCCGGCGCAGAUCCUCUCGACUACGGCUCCUCCGAAGCCAUAGAGCUACUGAAACACUGCGCCAGUUCAAAGUCUCGCAAGAUGGAAUACACAGUUUUCUCCUGCGGCAUCUUGUACGAGCGCUUCGCUCCGGGUGGGCUGGCAGAGUAUGGCAUGGGAGCCCGCGCUACCAUUGGGAGUCAGGGAUGCUAUCUCGUCGAUGUCGGGAAUGCGUCUGCAGAUAUUGUCGAGACCAACAGCGCUGGAAGACCUGUCCAGGUCUGCAUGACCUCUGUCGCUGACGUGGCUCGGUUUGUUGCUGCUGCUAUUGAGCUGGGACCUGGGGCGUGGCCUCGCGAGUUCAAGAUGAGAGGGGACAGGAUGUCGGUUCGUGACAUAUUUGCAAAGUGCAGCAACGUGAGAGGCGUGGCGUUUACCUUGCGUACUAGAAAGUACUCCAAGCUCCAGAGCGAGCUUACACACUACUUACAACGACAGAACUGGGACCAGUGGUGGAAUAUCCAGCGUCUGGUAGCUACGGCGGAUGGUCGAUACGAUUUUCGUCAGGCCAACCUGAAUGAAGCCGUCGACUUUCGUCCAGUCAGUUUCAGGUCGUGGCUCGAAUCUAACUGGGGACCAGGAUCAUAGAGGGCAACUUUCUCUUCGCUGUGUAUUAAGCUAGGAGACAUUUUCGAUCUAAUGAAAGCCAGGCACCAUUCUCUCAUUGUAUUUCUGGCAUGCUAUCUCUACUUUCAUCUGAGUUCUUCCAGAAAUUCACGUGCCGCAUGGUUUCUUCGGGGGAAGGUCGUUUGUGCCAGAGCUGGUAUGAAAAACCAGAUCAUGUUGUUGUGGAUCUUUGUUAGAUCACUGAACAUUUGGCUUAUACACCAGUAGCAUCGUACGGAUUCCUCAACG